AUGCUACAGGAUACGCGAACGGCGGCAUUGGUUACUGAGCAUUUUGGGUUUAGUCCUAUAAAGAUAGUUGACGAUGUAAUCAAUGCGAUAGACAGUAUAACAAUAAAGGGAGUAGAAGCAUUUGAGAAGUUUCUUUUGGAUCUACAUAGUGAGGGUAAAUUCCCUUCCGAGGUUACUGUUGAUGAUAUUCAUAAGGGCACGGCGAAAUUGGAGCUGUUGAUUCAGAAUAAAAUUGACUUUAGUUUUGAUAAAUACGAAUUAUAUUGUUUAAGAAAUAUUUUCAAUAUACCGCAAAAUUUGGUUAAUAAAGGUCUCGUUAGAUUAAAGCACCAUGAACGAACAGAUUUUAGUGGUAUCAAAGGGAAACAUCAGGCGAAGUUGGAAUUCGAUAGGGAAGUGACUAAGUUGUAUGAUAAAAUCGAGGUAGAAUUAUAUCAAAGAAAGAUUAUCAAAUUACAAAUUAAUAAAGCUGAAAAGAUUGUUAAAUAUUUGAGUUUUAUAAGGGACAAUUUAUCAGUCUUGAAUGAGAAAGAAACAAUACAACGAAACACUGGGGAGCGAAGCGAGCUAGUGUUGCAUGACAGUCACCAACAGAACUCGUCAGCAGUAGUCUCUAUAAAAGAGAUUUAUCAAAACCUAGAACCAAUUGCUCAAACUAUGGAAUUUUUGCAUAGACAAUUGCAUGAAAUAAUGACUAAUGUAGAGAGCUUGAGUAGGAGAUUGGAUGACGAUAUUGCAAGGGAUAAGAUACUGAUAAAUUCUAGUGCUAGAGACCAAUUUAUUGAGAAUAAAAGUAGGAGAAUACUACAGAAAUUGAAUUUGCUGAAUAUAAUGGGAGGAGAAGAACAGCCAAAAUCAGUUGAUGAUAUGGAUAUUGUGUCAAUAAACGCAACCGAGGUUUCUGACCUCAACGAGGUUGCAAAGAACGUGUAG